UUGCUAACUGGAAAAAGAGGUUGUGUUCCUCCUGAACUGCUCAACCUGAUUGAUGAACGCAAUGAGCGUAUAGACCCGGAGAUGUUGAAAAAAUCUGUGUUAGCAAGGAUGACCGAACAAGCUACGAAAGAUGAAGCUCGGUAUAACAGAGGUAAAGCCAAAGUGAACAGAUUCGAGAAGGGCGAAUACGUCUUGUUAAAAGAACCGCCACGUCUGGGUACCAAAUUAAGCCCAAAAUAUGAUGGACCUUUCGAAGUAAGAAAAGUUUUACCUCAUGAUAGGUAUGAGAUUCGAAAAAUCAAUGGUCGUGGUCGGGCAAGAAAAGUAUGCCAUGAACAACUAAGAAGCGCUCCUAAAUUCGGAGUACAAAAUGACGUGGCCAUAUCGGCGAUUAAUAAAGACGUCGAAGCAAGUUCAUCCAAAGAUGAGUAG